AUGGUCGGUCUUGGUCCCAGGAAGCCGCCGUCCCGUAAGGGUUCCAUGGCCGAUGUGCCCAAGGAUCUCCUUCAGACCAUCCAGCGCUUGGAGGAGCAGUUCACUGUUGGCCAGGACAAGCUCAAGGAGAUCACCAACCACUUCGUCAAGGAGCUUGAGAAGGGCCUGUCCAAGGAGGGCGGCAGUAUUCCCAUGAUCCCCACCUGGGUCAUGAACUUCCCCGACGGCAACGAGACUGGCACCUACCUCGCUCUGGACAUGGGCGGCACCAACCUGCGUGUUUGCGAGGUCAGCCUGUCCGAGGAGAAGGGAGAGUUCGACAUCAUCCAGUCCAAGUACAGGAUGCCCCAGGAGCUGAAGACCGGCUCCGCUGAGGAGCUGUGGGAGUACAUUGCCGACUGCUUGCAGCAGUUCGUCGAGUACCACCACGAGGGCGAGGACAUCAAGUCGCUUCCUCUUGGUUUCACCUUCUCCUACCCCGCUAGCCAGGACUACAUCGACCACGGUGUCCUGCAGCGCUGGACCAAGGGCUUCGACAUUGACGGUGUCGAGGGCAAGGAUGUCGUUCCGCCUUUCGCCGCUGCACUCAAGGAGAGGGGCGUCCCCAUCAACGUUACUGCGCUUGUCAACGAUACCACCGGCACUCUCAUCGCCUCUGCUUACACUGAUCCCCGCAUGAAGAUUGGCUGCAUUUUCGGCACUGGCUGCAACGCCGCGUACAUGGAGGACUGCGGCUCCAUUCCUAAGCUUGACCAUCUGAACCUGAACCCCAAGGACCUCAUGGGAAUCAACUGCGAGUGGGGUGCUUUCGACAACGAGCACGCCGUCCUGCCCCGUACCAAGUACGACAUCAUCAUCGACAAGGAAUCUCCUCGUCCCGGCCAGCAGUCGUUUGAGAAGAUGAUUGCUGGUCUGUACUUGGGCGAGGUCUUCCGUUUGGUCGUUCUCGACCUGCACGAUGAUCCUCACUGCCACAUGUUUGAGGGCCAGGACGUCAGCAAGCUAAAGAAGCCCUACACCAUGGACUCUUCGUUCCUGGCUACCAUUGAGGAGGAUCCUUGGGAGAACUUGCAGGAGACUGCCGACCUGUUCCAGAACACGCUGGGCCUUGUUCUCAACAAGCCCGAGCUCGAGCUUUGCCGUCGCCUGGCCGAGUUGAUUGGCACCCGUGCCGCCCGUCUCUCUGCCUGCGGUGUCGCUGCCAUCUGCAAGAAGAAGGGCUGGACCGAGUGCCACGUCGGUGCUGAUGGCUCCGUGUUCAACAAGUACCCACACUUCAAGGCCCGUGGCGCCCAGGCCCUGCGCGAGGUCUUCGACUGGCCCAAGGGCAAGCGCGACCCCAUCGAAAUUGUCCCCGCCGAAGACGGUUCCGGUGUCGGUGCUGCGCUCAUCGCUGCGCUCACUCUCAAGCGUGUCCAAGAGGGCAACAACGCCGGCAUUCGCGACCCCAAGGCCAUGCUCGAGAGCAUCAAGCAGUAA